UGUUUUUCACCAAUGUUGUACGUACUUUAAACUAGGACAGGUAUUAUACUUGUUAGUGUAGAACUCGGUGCGAAAAAAAUAAAAACCAAAGCUUCAUUCACAAGCAGCAUUUCUUAUACACGACACGUACAUAUUUUUAUCAUCACAAUGCUUUUGAAAACUAUUAUAAUGCUUUUGUUUGGCUUAUGUAUAUGUGUUGACAAUAUGAACUUUUUUAAAUCAAAGGUGUUUCGGAGAAAAAGAUUUUGGAAAAAACCAGUGCCCGCAGCUACGACAGCCGACAUUUCAUCAAGGAUACCGGAAACUUCUACUGCCGCGGAGACGACGGAAACUUCUACUGCCACGGAGACGACGGAAACUUCUACUGCCACGGAGGUGGAAGACAUUUCAUGGCACCCAACAUGGGAAGACAUAUUCAAAAGGUACGAUGACGAAAAAAAAGGUUCAAUCUCCGAUAAGACAUUACAGGUGCUAAUAUUCGAACAAUUCAACGGAUUCCUUACCGUUCGCCAAGCAAAUGAAUAUAUAUCUUUGAUUACUGCAAAAAAAAGCAAUCGAAUAGACGUCGAACAGUUCAAAAGGUUGAAACCGAUAAUAGAUGUUUUGUCAACGAGAGAAAAAAUUCAGGAGAACGAGCAAGCCCCACUAGACUCUAUUCCGAAAAGUACUUUCGAGGAAGAAAUAGUGGCUGGCUUUUACGUACUGUUCAAAAAUAGGAGAGAAAUUUCAGAAGUAUUCAAACUUGUUGGUCAUGACCCUAAAACUGAUUCGAUUAAACCGAUACAGUUGGCCCAUGUAAAAAAUAUGUUGAUGUCUUCGUUAAGACUGCAGACAUUUUAUGAUGGAUUUAAAGAAACCGACAAAAACCACGAUGGCUUCGUUGACGCAGAGGAGAUGAAGAGUUUACUUGGAGGAGUUGACAAAUCAUACGAUGAUUUAAAAGCAGCCGAACAAGCUAUCAGGAACCAUGAUAAAAACGGCGACGGUUUGCUUGAUGUUGCUGAAUAUAUAGCAGCGGUAAGUGCACCCUUGGACGAUGAUGAGAUCUUCAUGCUUGAAUUUAAUACUCCACGCAUAACUAGAGAAAAACUCCAGACACUCGUUAAUAAUUUAUACGGUCAAGAACUUAAAGAAGCAGAUUUGGAUUUAGUAGAUCCUAAUCAUGAAAAUAGUAUAUCAUACCAAGAUAUGGAUCGUUUAUGCUUACAAAUGAGUCUGCCACGACGUCGGAAAGGAAAAGAUCCAGUAGACAAUUAGUGCAGAUAAACGGUUAUAAAUAAUCAAUAGAUUAUUUUUUUGUUUUGUUUAACUGCUGAAAAUGUUUUAAAUAAAAUACACGUAAUAAAGUAUAUUUUGUUUGUA